AUGCGACCGACCACAGCUCCAAGAGGCAACUCUCCAGCGACCACUCCGGCGACUGAGCAGCGACAAGAGGCACCACUCCAGCCCCCGGACUCCGACAACCCUAACAAGAAAUCAGAGAAGCAGAUUGUCAAUGGAAGAAUUUGUGGAGACAUCUCUGUAUCCCGUGCUUUUGGUGACAUGCGGUUUAAGACAAAGAAGAAUGA